AUGGCCUCCAAAGCUGCCUCCCCUAUGGCAGCAUCUCCAGGUGCUGCUCAGGUCGAUGUGAAACCGACAAUCACCAGACAGCCGUCGCUAUGUAUGAAACCCGCUCAGACUCCGCCCGCUUGUUCUCCACCUGCUACCGCCAGCUCGGCACCACUAUCUCUCACAACGAAAGAAUGGGUCGUGCCACCGCGACCGAAGCCGGGUCGGAAGCCCGCAACGGAUACACCUCCUACCAAACGGAAAGCGCAGAACAGAGCAGCCCAAAGAGCAUUCCGAGAGCGACGCGCCGCCCGAGUGGGUGAACUGGAAGAGACACUGAAACAAAUCGAAGAGGAAAAUGAACAUGAGCAAGAAGUCCUAAGAACAACAGUGGACAAGCUGCGGAAGGAACUUGAACAAUGCCGCACAGAUCUGACACUCUGGAUUGAUCGAUGCCGGAAACUGGAAAGUGAAUCGGCUGCUUUCAAAAAGCCAACUUCCACCUCGAAACCCACAACAUCCACACAGGACAAGUCUGAUCCCGCCGCCAGCGACACCUCUAUUGGCUGCGGGAACUGCACCUUGGAGACCCGCUGCCAAUGCAUAGACGAUGCGUUCGCAGCAAUGUCUGGUAACAGUGCCUCAGUGCACCAGCACGAAAAACGCCCGCAUUCGCCCUCGCACACCUCAGUCACAGAUAAACGAAUCAAGCUCGAACCCAGAGAGUGUCUAGAAAUUGAUUUCACAGGCAUCUAUACCUCUUCCAAAUCUCCAGCAACAGCUGCUGGAAGAGAGGAAAUCAAUUCCCCAACUUCUGCGGUAGCGGAUCCCUGUGGCUUCUGCUCGGAUGGAACACCUUGUAUCUGUGCGGAAGUCGCCGCCGAGCAGGAGCAACAACAGGCCCAGAGCAAUGCCACCGCGGUAAGUAGUAUCAGUCGAGCCGCCGCGCGACAACUCGAUCAGUUUACGCCACCUCCCUCGGAGGGUGAUGUUUCUAUGCCCGUUUCGGUCACGGCAGCAGAAGGAACGUCUGGAUGUGGUGCAUCAGGACCAGGGACGUGCGCGCAGUGCCGUGCCGAUCCCAACAGCACACUCUUCUGCAAGUCGCUCGCUGCGUCACGGGCUCAAUCCACGGCCACACCUUCGGGAUGCUGCGGUGCACAAACACCGGGUAGUUCGUGUUGCCGAGCCACCUCGACCAGCGUGGUCUCUCUGCGCGGCUCGACCCGUACAACACGGUCCCGUGCCGCCGCCGUGACCCUCCCUUUACCUCAGGCCGUGCAACAUGCGCCGUCGGGUGUGACCCUGACAUGUGCCGACGCAUACACGACCCUCUCCCGCCAUCCCGCUUACGAGCGUGCAGCGGGAGAGAUAGGCGAGUGGCUGCCCAAAUUACACGCCACGGAGCCGGGCACAAACGUCGAAGGACGACCUGCGUUAGAGAUUGACGCGGCCAAUGUCAUGGCUGUAUUGCGGGACUUUGAUCGGCGGUUUGGGAAGAGUUGUUGA